UUCUAGCAACACAGAUAUUACAUGUAGACACUACUAUAUUAACUAGAAAGAAGUAUGUUUUCCGUUAGUUCUUUUGCAAUUUUUGUGCUUGAAACAUUCUUAAAACUUAGUACAUCUAUAAUACGGUAGUUCAAACAACAAAACAUAGCAUGACGAUAAAUCUUGUCAAACGAAGAAGUAGGUCGUAUAUGGAACUAAGGCUUUUAAUAUUUUUUAUCACUAUAAUUUCGUCAUGUUACGGAUUACCUACAGAAACAGUUGAUAUUUGUCGUACUCCAGAAUGUGUUGAUACUGCAUCAAGAAUUCUCAAAUACAUGGAUCCGAGUGUUAAUCCAUGUGAUAACUUUUAUAAGUUUGCGUGCGGUAAUUUUGUUAACUUAACUAAUAUACCUGGCGACAAGGACAAAAUAGAUAUUUUCACUAUUCUGAACGAUCAGGUUCAAGAACAGUUGAAAAAAAUAGUAGAAGAAACUGUUUCGCCAAAGACGUCUAAGUUACAAAGACUUAUUAAAACUUUUUAUGAUAUUUGCAUGAAUGAAACUGAUAUUGAAGAAAACGGGUUGAGUCCUUUGUUAAGUAAAUUAAAUAAAUUAGGAGGCUGGCCAGUAUUAGAAGGUCUUAAAUGGAAAGAAGAUGCUUUUCAUUGGACAAACUCCAUAUACACGUUACGGGAGAUGGGAUACUCAGUUAAUUAUCUCUUUGGUUUUUUAAUGGAUACUGAUAUUAAUAAUAAUACAAAACGAGUCUUAACUCUGAAAUUGCCUUAUUUCGGAUUAUUUCCUCCGAUAAUUACGAAAGGUCCAGAAAAUAAAUUAGUAAAAAGCUAUAAAAAGUAUAUUAUUGAUCUUGCGGUUCUCCUUGGAGCUGAUCGUCGCUCCGCUAAAAAAGAGCUAAACGAAUCACUUUCGUUCGAAAUGAAAUUAGCUAAUAUAAGUUUACAUGAAAUAAAUAAUUAUAGCUUUGCUAACAAUUAUAAUCCAAUGUCCAUAACUGAGUUGGAAAAAAAAUAUCCAAGUAUUCCUUGGUUGGAAUACAUUAACAAACUCCUUAAGCCUUCUGCCAUAGUAGACAAAAAUGAAACAGUAAUUGUAUCUGCUCCUUACUUUAUGUCAGAAUUUGAAAAACUUAUUAAUACAACUUCAAAACGAACUCAAGCUAAUUACAUAGGAGUCAGACUUAUCCAAGAUUCAGUGUUUUUUUUGAAUAAGGAAAUUCGCAAGAUUCAAGUAGAUUUUUUGACAACCAUUACUGGUCGUACAAGAAGAGAAGCCAGAUCAAAAGAAUGUUUUGAAGAUAUCUCUAACAACGUGCCUCUUGUUAUUGGUUCUCUGUAUGUUAAAAAAUAUUUUAAUGAGGACGUUAAAAAUAAUACUGCCGAAAUGGUUAAUAAUAUUGAAAAUCAAUUGAAACUAACUUUGCAAACAAUUGACUGGAUGGAUAACAAAACUCGUAAACAUGCAUUGGAUAAAGCCGAGGCCAUUAUAAAUCAUAUUGCUUAUAAUGAUGGGAUUUUGGAUGAAAAUAAAUUUGAGGAAAUUUAUAAAAAUUUGGAACUACGUGCUAAAGAUUCUUAUUUAGAUACAAUAUUAAAUAUGACAUUGCAUGCGUAUAAAAUGAAUUUUGGGCGUCACGGAAUCCCAAUAGAUAAAAAUAGCUGGGAGAUGUACAUGAAUCCGACUGUUGUUAAUGCAUUUUACUUACAUCAGUAUAAUAUAAUUCGAUUUCCCGGUGCUAUUCUUCAAGGUGCUCUUUUUAAUAUCAAUCGUCCGCGAUGUAUAAAUUAUGGAUCAAUUGGUUGGUUUACCGGCCACGAAAUGACACAUGGUUUUGAUUCGACCGGAAAGGAUUUUAAUAAAGAUGGUAAUUUUGAAAAUUGGUGGGAACCGGUAACGAAUGCAGAAUUUUGGAAAAGAGCCACGUGUUUGAAGGAACAAUAUGGAAAUUAUACUAUUGAAGAUGUUGGAAUGAAUGUUAAUGGAAAUAGAACUAUUACUGAAAAUAUUGCUGACAACGGAGGUGUCAAAUUGGCUUAUUUGGCUUACAGAAAUUUGACGGAAUCAAGUAAACCAGAACCUCGGCUUCCUGGACUUGAUCAUUUUACACCGGAACAAAUGUUCUGGAUUAGUAUAGGUCAUACUUUGUGUUCUGUACAACGUCCUGAAGCUGCAACAAUACAAGCAAUAGGAGACAAUCACAGUCCAGCUGAAUUUCGAGUAGUAGGAUCAUUAUCAAACAUGAAAGAAUUUUCAGAUGACUUUAAAUGCCCACUGGGUUCUCCAAUGAAUCCGAAAAAUAAAUGCGCUGUAUGGUAAUUUUUGCCGAAAAAAAAAAAUAUAUAUA